GGAAAGUUCAUAAAAGUGAAGCAUCCAACAUGUGAAACAUUGACCAUUAAAAGAAAAAAUGGUCAAAGUUUUUGCAGUUGCGUUACCAUCGAAGUUCAUGAGGCAGAGGACCCGGAAUCAGUUGGGGGAUAGCGACGAUGAUUAGUCAUUAACUAUCAGUGAAAAUCAAGUUCGUGUGUAACUUUUGAUGAAGAUUAACGGGCAAUGGCAACAGCUAUGACUAUGGUUACAGCUAUGACUAUGACUAUGACUAUGUCUAUGGCAACAAAGCAGCAGCAUCAUCAGGUUAAUGCGGCCAAGAGAGAGUGAGAUGGCCUGAGAGUGAGUGUGUAAGAGAAAGAUAGAGUGAGAGAGAGAGAGAGAGAGAGGGCAGAUGAGCAAAGAGGGCUGGCUGGCAAUGAUGGGCAACCGGUUGGCGGUCGCACAUUAACAUUAAAUGCAACGCGACGCACAUCUUCCCCAUAUUGCAUAAUCCUCCCGAUGGCAGCCGAAAACUAAAAAAAAAAAGGCAAAGCAGCAAAAAAAAACAAUACAUGGGGAAACCUGCUUGCAACAUCUUCGGCAGAUGGGAGACACAAUCUUGAUGCGGAAGCAAAAUGAUUCUCAAAACGUCCCUGACAACAACUGAACUUCUAGAACCACCCACGUUUAACUGAGCAAAUGCCUCAAUGCCGCAAAUCACUCUGGACACAUUUAGUGCGCGACAAGAGCUUGAAACGAACGCAACUGGCAAGAAGCAGGCACAACACACGAAAAAGCAAGCUCCGCAAACACAACAACGCAUUUGGGAUUUGGCGAUAAGCCCUUGAGAGUUAUCACAUCUCCAUAGUCCGAGCAGUGUGAUUCAACGGAUUCCGCCGUAACAUAGGACUACACCCCACAUUCUUGCCGCCAUGUUUUGGCAACCCUUUUGUCUAGUGUUGCUGCUGCUGGCAGUCACAGGCGACUGUGUGCCGCAAUCCUCGGUCAGCGCCUCCAAUCACUCUGCCGAAUAUGAAGCGUCAACGCGGCGUAUACUCGAUGUGGCCACGCAGCGUAUGCGUGGCAUUUGGGAAAUGCGCUUGCGCAUCUUUAUGCAGCUCACCUCGAAGGGUAAAUCGCCACUCGGUGGCCAGGCGCCCAGCAAACAGGAGGUGGACAACGAAACCUACAAGUUGGUCUACGAGUUGGCCGCCAAUUUGAGUGUGGUAUCCGUGGAGCAGUUGCGUGAUCCGAAGCUGCGACGACGCGUGCAACGUUUGGCCAAGUUGCAGCUGCAGGGACUGCGGCCCAAUGACUACGAGCAGUCGAAGGAUCUGCUACGCGCCAUGCAGAACUUUAUCAGUGGCAAUAUGAUCUGUAACACGGAAGAUUGUGCCAAUCGUAGGCCGACAUCGAUGUAUCCGCAGCUCUACAAUCAGAAUAUGCGACUGAAGCGCUAUGAGAGCCUAAGGCACAACUGGUACACUUGGCGCACAAUCAUCAACGACAAGGAUACGGCCAAGUCAACGUUCAUCGACUAUGUGCGACUGCUGCGUAUUGCGGCCACCUACAAUGGGCAUGUGACGCCAUCGCGCACUUGGUAUCUCAACUUCGACACGGAAAACUUUCAGGCUGAGAUGGAGUCGGUUAUAUGGGAGAUAAUGCCGCUGUAUCGGGAGCUGCACGCCUAUUUAAGGCAUUGUGCCAUCAAGGCAUAUCCCAAUUUCAGUUUUAAGGACGACGGCGCAAUUACAGCUCCCGUCUUGGAUCAAAUACUUUCGCAGGCUUGGUAUCACAAGCCAAUCUUUCAAACGCCCUUCCCCAAGGAUCAGCUGCCCUCGGUGCAUCAUCGGCUCGAGGAGGUGCUAAUGACUCCUGUCAAGAUCAACAAGAAGGCAGCGGAGUUCUUUGAGUCGCUGGGACUCAAUCACAUGUCCGACGCCUUCUAUGAGAAAUUCGCACGCCGCAUGAACGACGACGAAGCUGGCUCGGACUGCAAGCCGCAGGUCUACUACUUUCCCCCGGAGGUGGCGCUGCGCUACUGUCCCAAGCUGGACUACAAGAAAUUGAUGCAGAUUCACGGCACCAUGUCCGAGCUACAGUACAACAUCUACAAGAGUGGGCUGCCGCUGGGACUGGACACCGAACCCUGCCCCGGUUUUGGCAGUGCGUUGGCCGAGACUGUGGUGCUGGCCUCGGGCACACCGCGACAUCUGCAACGCUUGAAACUUCUGUUUAACGACAGUCUCACCGAGAUGCAGUCACUCAAUCGUCUCUUCCGCAUGGGAGUGCACACGUUGUUGGCUGUGCCGCAGUACUUCAUCAACGACAAGUUCCUGGUGGAUGUCAUGGAUGGCCGCAUUGGUGUGCAGGACUACAAUUGCGCCUAUUGGCGCAUGCAGGAUAAGUAUGCGGGCGUGAUGCCGCCCGUUUGGCGCUCUGCCAAGGACUUUGAUGUGGACUAUAGAUUCUAUCGCGGCAUGCAUCCCGAUCGCUCCAAUACCAGGAAAUUCAUGGCGGAGGUUUUGGGCUUUCAAUUCUAUCGUUCGUUCUGCUUGGCCAGCGGGCAAUAUAAGCCAGGAGAUCCCAAGUUUCCGCUGCACAACUGCGACUUCUAUGACAGCAAGGAAGUGGGCAAUCUCAUUCGCGAAAUGAUGGAGCUGGGCGCCACGAGACACUGGCGUGAUACCAUGGAGAUUGCAACGGGUGAACGCAAGUUGAGCGGACGAGGCAUCCUCGAGUACUUUGCUCCACUAUUCACCUGGCUCAAGGAGCGUAACAUGCAGCUGGAAGUUGAGCCGGGUUGGGAUGCAGAUGAUCUGUGUCGCAAGGAGCCGUAAAGCGUGUCAGCAAAUUGCUAUAUGUUACUAUAUCUUACUCACCUAUGUUAUAAUAAAGAUUUUACCCACUAUUAUAUUAUUCAAAACAAAUGAGUUAUA